AUGGAUUCGGACCGUUGUGAAGAUACGUCAAGUAUUCUUGGCUACGGGCUGGACGUUAAACCCUUAAGGAUGGUGGCAAGUCCGCAUACCGGACCUCGGCACACGAUUGAUAAUAUCCUAGGACUUGUCAGGAAGGACGAUGGUGAAGUGCUGGAGAGGUCACAAACUCCAGGAAACGGUGAAAGUGCUGGUAAGUUACCGACGCAAAUGUUUUGA